AUGCGCUAUACCACAGUAAUACAGAAAGCUGCGGUGUUCAUUGGCAAGCGCUUUGUCCAGCCCUGGUACCAUUCUGAUUUUGUGUUCCUCAUGUCACCGACUGGUCGCCCACUCACUGCAUAUCUUCAAGAAAUGUCUCAGUUCAGCAAUAAGGUGAUUAGCGAUCGCCGUGAGCAACUGAAAAAGAACUCCAGUGACAACAUUGCAAACGCGGCCGCAGAUCACAUGGAUAUGCUGGAAAUACUACUGACUGUGAGCGGUGAGGAUGGCGAGGGUCUGUCUCACUCCGACAUUGGGGAAGUGGUAGAAACAUUCCUGUUUGCUGGUCAAGACCCGACCUGCACCACACUGCAAUGGGCUGUUCAUCACCUUAGCCAAGAGCAGGCUUGUGCAAGAACGCUAUCGCUACGAAAUUCAGGAAGUUUUCAGCCGAAUCUGCAACACAAGCAUCUAGCGGAGCUACAGUACAUUAAUUGGACAAUCAAAGAAGUACUGCGCUUUAACUCUAUUGUUGUAGCCGUCACACGCUCUGCAGAGAAGGAUACAAUUGACAGUAUAACCAUUCCAUAG